UGUCAAAGAUACGCAAUUUCGUGAGUAGAAGCAGUUCCACCCAUUUGAGAAAAAAUCCAAAAAUUCUACAAUCAAACAGAUCAUCUACGUUUAUAUUUAUGCAAAUUGUAUAGGCAAGGACACCAAGAAACCAAGGACAACUUGAGAUUACGUGCACAAGGGCAAAAGGAGCCAAAAUUUGUGAUAUCAUGUACUGCCCCUAUUGUGGCAAGGAAUUGCCCUGUGGAUUUGAAAAUUUUUUAUGCUGCACAUUUUGCGGCAAAUCACUGCCAGAUUGGUCCAGCAGACAAAUUGAAAACUCUAACAGAGAUGUGGCAAGUGCAGCCAUUGCUGGUGUGAGUGGCCUCAGUUCAAGUUCAAGUGCAGGUUUCCUUGAGCCGAAAAAGGAAGACCUACCCCAGCUGCUCCAAACAUUCAAAAAAAUGAGAGAAAAGAGGAACACUGAAAGGAACUCUUUUUUUACAAACAAGAAAUCAAGAUUUUCAAUGAAGGACAAUGAAGUGAAUAUCAGAGUGGGAAUUCUCAUACCUAAAAACGGCUGUUUAAAGCCUUUUAGGGGGAAGACCCUGAAAGUGACUGUAAGGCCAAGCUGGACUGCAGAGGAGACUUUGCAGGCCUGUUUGGCCAAACACAGAGCCCACAAUGGACAUGAAAUGGAAGAGGGAGGAUACUGUCUGACUUAUGACAGUGGCAAGGUGGUGGAACACCUCCCUGAAGGAAACCCCCCUGCCAAGUUCACCAUCAGGGGAUAUAAGGAGCAAAUUCAAAAGGACUGGCAGAGGCUUGUUCUAUACAUUUGUGCUAGGGAGCACCUAGAAAAAGAAGAAGCACAUGUAGAGAUAUUAACAAGUGAUGAAGAGUCCGAUUUAGAGGAAUGGAUACACACUAAAGAAGUUGGCUGUAGAGUUGAUGCAGGAACUCCAACUGUGAGCUUCAGGGUUGAUGCCUCCAGCACUAGGACUGAACAGUCAUCAUAUGAGACUUAUGUUGAGGCAUUACAAGAUGAUCCAGAUGAUUACCCAGAAGAGGUGUGGUCCACAAAUGUGGAAACCCAAGAUACAAAUGCCAGUCCUGAGCAAGAAAUGGAUCUCACAGCUCUUGUCAUUGCUUGGCAAGAACAAAAUGCCAAGACAGAAGAUGAGGAACUGAUUGUGCGGAGGAGGAAACUUUUAAACAGUGUCCUAUCUGCCACCAAGAGAGAAGGAUUUUCUUUUUUUAAAAUUCCCAAAGUGGAAUUUUCCGGAGAGAAAGCCCUAGAUGAUGGUGGGCCACGAAGAGAGUGUUUUAGACUACUUAUGAAAGAAAUUUCAUCUCUGGAUAUAUUUGAAGGCCCUCCAGAGGCCCUUGUCUUUAGACAUAAUGUCACUAAAUUGGAGGCAGGAAGCCACCAUAAAUCAGGGCAGCUGGUUGCCUGGAGCAUUCUCCAUGGUGGACCUGGGUUCCCCAUGCUCCACCCCCUGCUCUUUGAAAAGAUGGUGGGGAGGGAGCCAAAGAGGGAGGACAUUCCUAAGUAUAUAGGAUUACUUUUGCCAGAGGAGAAAGAUAAGCUCAACAAGAUAUAUUGCAGUGAUAAAACAGAAUUUGACGCAGUGGUGGCAGCUGAAAUGGAUUGGAUAUGUGACCAGGGGAUUUUUAAGUUUUCUUUCGAGGAGAAGGAAACAAUGAUAUUUCAGCUUCUGCUGAACAUAGUAUAUUACAAGAGUAAAACAGAAGCGGAUGAGUUUUUGGGUGGACUGAAUAGUAUAGGGCAGUUGGGGGUGCUGAUGCACAAAUACCCUUCCUCUUUACAGAGGUUGUUUGUGCACAGUACCUCUGCUGUCACAAGGAUGUGGUUUAAAGAUAACAUGUCCUAUGUCCACAGUGACAAUAGUGCUGUCAAAGAUGUUGAAGAAGAUACAGUACUGCUGUGGGAAAGAUUCCUACAGGACUGUGAGAGUGGAAGGUCACAGGUCACACUUCAUAAAGUUUUGGGCUUCAUAACCGGAGCAGAAGAAAUCCCACCAGGUGGUUUCGAAAAAAAGUUAGAGGUUGGGUUCUUCAUCCCCAGUGAAAGGUGUCGGUUCCCCUGGGCAUCAACAUGUGGCCUGUAUUUACACCUGCCCACGGGAGAUGACCUGGGAGAUCUACUUGUCACAGCAAUCCAAGAAGGAAUGGGGUUCUCCAUUUCAUAAGUGCAGAUUAUACAACAUAUUGUUUAUACACAGCACUGUAAUUAUCUUCUCACCUAGUGAACGUUGUAGGUUCCCUUGGGCAUCAACUUGUGGGCUAUAUUUACACCUGCCUAAAGGUGAAGAGGACCUGGGAGGAUUGCUGGUGAGAUCUGUGACUGAGGGAAUUGGCUUAAUUCUCAAUUUCUUAGCAACAAUACGAACAGUAUGGAUUUGUUAUGUAAAGAAAUUCUACCAUGGAAUUUGAAGACUAGCUGAUAGUAGAAUUUGCACUCUAGCUAAUAGUAUAUUAUUAUGUGCACGGAUAUAUUCAAAGAUCCUAUGGGCUGCAAUAGCAAGACAGUUUUGUUUUCAUCACAUAAGCAGCUGUAAGGCAACUUCACAGAUGUACAUGUGCUUGCUUGCUUAAAUGAUGUUUGGUAGUUUUAACUAUGGAUUUAAACAUUUUUAUGUUUGGUGUGCAACUGUAGCGUAUACAAAUAAUAUAACAUUUGUUUUGGAAAUGUAAAGACCAUUUAUUUUUUUAGACCUUUUAAAACAUGCCAAUGGUGGAAAAAAUAAUGUAGAACAAUACAAUUAUAAAGAAGAUAGAUGAGAGAAACUGCAUGGCUCUGCAAAGUAUAUAAUACACACUUGAAAAGGUGUUACAGACAAUCUGUAAGGAGUAUUGUUUGUUUAUUAAGCAGAUUAGCAUUAUUGAGAUUUUAGCAGCAAGACAGCUUGGCAGGACAUAAAUGUGGCCUAACACUCAAUAAAUACACACUAAGGACAUAUCUAAAUAGAAAAAGUAAGAUGUCAUAUCAUUUUUAAUAAAUGAUAAUGAAAAAGCUUUAAAAGAUUAUCAUUCAA